CAUUCCAUCUUGCUGGGUCCUCAGCCCUUGCCUAUCUUCUAUCUUCUAAUCCCUCUACCCGCAAUAACAUUUAAAUACAACCCCCAUCGGCCUCCCUCCCACGCAUGUAGAAAUUCCUCCUAUCACACCCUAUCCUCCUAGUCUACCAUGGCCUGCACAUUCUCCUGCACAUCCUUUUUCACAAAGGCUCUUUUCUGCCAGAACAAGAACCACUUCGACAUCCCCUCCACCAUCCCCACCAUCGGACUCGACCCCAUCCUCGACACCUGUCUCUGCGUCCAAGGAAACAUCGACGCCCUUCACUCCUGCGCCUCCUGUCGCGCAAAGAACAAUAUCACCAACGGUGAUGCCACCUGGGUCUUCAUCGAUGCCUGCAACAAAGAAUUUCCCGAUCGACGUCUCUGGCUGCCCUCCGCUGCCGGACCCAGUCUCAGGCCCUGGGGACUCACUCGAACAGGACACAGCCCCCAAAUCGGUGAUAAGAUCGCUUUGCGGCGGAGGCUCCUCAAUGCCAUGAAUGUCUACUCCGUCCUCUUAGUUGUCUCCACAGCAGCAUCCAUGUGUUCCGCCAUCCUCUCUACAUAGCCCAGCGUUGUUCGAUGUCCUAAAUCAACCAUGUACUGUACAUGCUCUCCUUUGUCAAU